AUGACCUGCUAUUCACGAUAUGUCGCCGUUGGCGCGUGUCUACUGCUUGGGCUCGCUCUUCCAGUAACCAGCCAGGAUAAUGAAAAUGGAACUGUUGGGGAAGGGCUUCUCAAUCCGCUAAGCCUAUACACUGCGAAUUACACCAUUCCCGUCCAGCCGUUCCCAGGGUUGAUGAGCAAUUUCGAAAUCCGACCAGACUGUGGUGAAGAGAGAUAUGUUGGCACCGGCCGACUGGUUGGACGUCGAGCUUUGAUUACGGGAGGUGACUCUGGAAUCGGACGGGCUGUUGCGAUUGCAUUUGCACGUGAAGGUGCCGACGUGGUCAUCAAUUAUCUUCCGGAAGAGGAGUCGGACGCUCAAGAAGUCGUGGAAGUGAUUGAAGCAACCACCUCUUCCCAGAUCUUCACCAUCCCGGGGGAUCUGCGUAACGAGUCCUUCUGCAUCGACUUAGUGAACCGAGCAGCCGAGCAUCUCGGUGGCUUGGAUAUCCUUGUCAGCAACGCCGCCUACUCCAACAUCACCUUUGACAUCCGAGACUUGACGAACGAGCAGUUUGAUCGAACCAUCUACACCAACAUUUACGCGAACUUCUGGCUCAGCAAGGCCAUCCGACCAUUCCUUGAACCCGGGUCCAGCAUUAUCUUCACAUCAUCUGGAAUUUCCCAAGCUCCCAGUGGAGGACUCAUCGACUACGGGCCGACCAAAGCUUUUGUUACUACCUUCUCGCGAUCGUUGUCCUUGCAGCUGGCGCCGUUCGGAAUCCGAGUGAAUGCCAUUGCACCGGCUUUGGUUUUGACGCCGUUUUUGUCGACGCAGGGCAUGACGACUGAGGCCAUGCGACAGAUCGUUGGGGCUACGCCGUAUGGGAGGAUCGAACAGCCGGUCGAAUUGGCACCGGCGUUUGUCGGACUGGCGGAAAGAGCGGCGACGUAUGUGAGCGGUUCGCUUUGGGGAGUUUCCGGUGCACAGGGUUGA